CUCUCUCUUCUCUCUUGCACCCCAUCCCCUUCCACAUAUCUCUCUCUCACGUGGACAUUUCCUGUGCCAUCUUGAUGGCCCGUGACUUGACCUCCUCGAGGUCGCCCACCAUGUAGAAUGCCAUCUCGGGGAACUCAUCGCAGUUGCCGGCCAUGACCUCCUUGAACCCCGCUAUCGUCUUGUCCAGCUCCACGAACCGCCCGCCCUUGCCCGUGAACACCUCCGCCACGAAGAAGGGCUGCGACAGGAAACGCUGCAUCUUGCGAGCCCUCGCCACCGUCAGCUUGUCGUCCUCGGAGAGCUCGUCCAUGCCCAAGAUCGCGAUGAUGUCCUGGAGCGACUUGUAGUCCUGCAGCACCUUCUGCACGCCGCGGGCCGUGUCGUAGUGCUCCUGCCCGACGAUGGUGGGGUCCAGCAUGCGCGAGGUCGAGUCAAGGGGGUCGACGGCCGGGUAGAUGCCCAGCUCGGCGAUCUGGCGCGACAGCACCGUGGUGGCGUCAAGGUGGGCGAAGGUCGUGGCGGGGGCGGGGUCGGUCAGGUCAUCGGCCGGCACGUAGAUGGCCUGCACCGACGUGAUGCUGCCCUUCUUGGUCGUCGUGAUGCGCUCCUGCAAGGCCCCCAGGUCGGUGGCCAGCGUGGGCUGGUACCCCACGGCCGACGGAAUGCGGCCCAGCAAGGCCGACACCUCCGAGCAGGCCUGGGUGAAGCGGAAGAUGUUGUCGAUGAACAGCAGCACGUCCUGACCGCCCUCGUCACGGAAAUACUCGGCUAUCGUCAAUCUGACACAAUGAGAUGAGAUGACACACACACACAAAAGACACACGGAUGGGACGGAUGGCACAAAGGCAGAUAGACAGACAGGAGUGCAUGUGCGUGGUGGUGAUACCCAGUGAGAGCGACGCGUGCGCGUGCGCCUGGGGGCUCAUUCAUCUGCCCGUAAACCAAUGCUGCCUUGGAUCCCGGCUCGCCACGCUUGAUCACACCUGCACACACCAACGCACCAACACACACACACACACACCCUGUCCUCUGUCGGCCACCAACGAGUGCGCUAUGUCGUCCCUCACCCACCCGAAGUGAUCAUCUCAUGGUAGAGAUCGUUGCCCUCGCGCGUGCGCUCCCCCACGCCAGCAAAGACGCUGUACCCUCCGUGUGCCUUGGCGACGUUGUUGAUGAGCUCCAUGAUGAGGACAGUCUUGCCCACCCCCGCCCCGCCAAACAGCCCGAUCUUGCCGCCCUUGGCGUACGGCGCCAGGAGGUCCACCACCUUGAUACCUGUGAUAAGCACCUCCGGCUCAGUCGACUGGUCCUGGAAGCUCGGUGCGGGCCUGUGGAUGGGCAGGGUCUUGCUCGUCUUGAUGGGGCCCAUCUCGUCUAUGGGCUCGCCGAUGACAUUGACGAUGCGGCCGAGGGUCUCGUCGCCAACCGGAACAGCUAUGGGGUUGCCCGUGUCGAUGGUCCGCUGCCCUCGCACCAGGCCGUCAGUGCCGUCCAUUGCGAUGGUGCGGACGGUGUUCUCGCCGAGAUGCUGCGCCACCUCUAGGACGAGGCGCGACUCGCGGUCCUGCACCUCGAGCGCAUUCAGGAUCGGCGGCAGAGGGCCGUCGAAGGCCACAUCCACCACGGCACCAAUCACCUGAGUGAUGCGGCCCGCCUGCUUGCCUUGAUUCGCUGCUGCCGGGGUGGCUGGCGUGGGUGGUGCCUUGGGUGCUGCUGCUGCUGCCGCCGCCUGUGCGAAGCUGCGCACCUGGGAUGCAAGAGCUGAUCUUGGGAUCUGAUGACGCGGCCACGUGCCGCACGCAGCGGCGGCGACCUUGCGCAAGCUCCUCAUUGCCACACCUCACAAGCAAAGCAUC